AGGUGCUGGUUGAAGAAAAAGACGGGAAAGUUGUGUUUCGUAUUAGGAAUACUAUAGGCCACACCCACAUUGAGUACCUCACCACCCUGGAGGUCAAGGAUGACGUCAUGUAUUACGUCAUGGACACCAGAGCCGGCAUGGUUGUCCGGAAACUGGACAGGGCUUGAAGGGUUUUUAAAGCGUUUAGUACCAGAAUGACAAGUGUAUUAUCUUGCAUUUUAUUUUGAAUAACAAGAUGCUUUUUUCUGGGUUUUAUUUCGAUGAAGAAGAGUUCAACAAGGCGGCUUUUGUUGAUGUUUGAUGCGUAGAUGUGCAUUAUAUAAUAUCCAAAUCUGUGCACAGUAACAUAAUUCCGGCUCUCCCCCUGGAGUACGGUCAUCACGGUGCCCGAUCGAGGAUAGUAUAAUUCAAGUGUAUGGCUUGAUGUCAAAGGUAGACGGCUUUUGAUUGAUUAAGUUGAUGCAUGUUUAUUGUUUGAUGAGUUCUCAAGUGUGUAAGUUCUUGACCACGACGUGCAUAGUUGGUAUGCACGUGUGUGUGAAGGUGUGUUGUGUGUACAUGUAGGUGUGUGUGUGUGUGUGUGUGUGUGUGUGUGUGUGUGUGUGUGUGUGUGUGCGCGCGUGCGUGCGUGCCAUGCACGUGUGUGUGUGAUUAAGGGAAAACGGAGAUGUGAAAAUAAAUUUUCAGUUUUAGUCUUAGGGUGUAAGAAGAAUAAAGCAAAUGUUCACACUA